CAGCCCCUGCACUACGGGACCCUGCUGGGCAGCAGAGCUUGUGUCCACAUGGCAGCAGCUGCCUGGGCCAGUGGGUUUCUCUAUGCUGCGCUGCACACGGCCAAUACACUGUCACUGCCGCUCUGCCAAGGCAAUGCCCUGGGACAGGUCUUCUGUGAAAUCCCACAGAUCCUCAAGCUCUCCUGCUCACACACCUACCUCAGGGAAGUGGGGCUAAUUGUGGCUGGUGCUUCUUUAUUAUUUGGCUGUUUUGUUUUUAUUGUUCUGUCUUACAUGCAGAUCUUCAGGGCUGUGCUGAGGAUCCCCUCUGAGCAGGGAUGGCACAAAGCCUUUUCCACGUGCCUUCCUCACCUGGCCGUGGUCUCCCUCUUUCUCAGCACUGCCACGUUUGCCUACCUGAAACCCCGCUCCAUCUCCUCCCCAUCCCUGGACCUGGUGGUGGCAGUUCUGUACUCGGUGGUGCCUCCAGCAGUGAACCCCCUCAUC